UCCACUCCUCUAAACACCAUGCUCUUUGCGUUUCCUUAGCUUUAUGCAAGACCAAUAAAGAGUCUGUCUGCCUGGACUCCUAUGUUGUAGAUUGCAGUCCUGAUCCCUCGCAUGAGAGCUGUUUUCAUGAAAAUGAAACACUUACUUGAGGAAAUAACAUCUGCUCAUGUUCCAAAGACUGCCGUGCUACCACCUGCAUCAUCUAGUAGCUCAUCUACUGAUGAUCAAGAGAUGGGUUCGAAUUCAAUGCCAAUGAAAAGGCAUAUCUUUAUUAAAAAAUCUAGUUUUUGCAGCUUUCUGCAGGGCAUGGAUCUAAAUCCUGCACGCAUGGUUUUAGCAGAGAUGGUAGGAACCUUUCUUUUACUGUUCUGUGUAUGUGGGAUUGUGGCGUGCACGCAGAUAUUGAGAGGGGAAGUGGGUCUGAUGGAAUAUGCAUCCGUAGCGGGAUUAACAAUCAUUGUCGUGAUUUUCUCCAUAGGAUCAAUCUCUGGUGCUCACGUUAAUCCUGCUGUUACCAUUGCCUUCGCAACUUUUGGUCAUUUUCCAUGGUCCAAGGUUCCACUUUACAUAUUGGCUCAAACAGUAGGUUCAGUUUUGGCAACAUAUGUUGGAAGCUCAGUAUACGGCGUAAAAACAGAACUUAUGACCACCCGGCCAGCAAUAGGCUGCAGUUCUGCCUUCUGGGUGGAAUUUAUGGCCACUUUCAUGCUCAUGUUCCUUGCAGCCUCGUUAACAAGCCAAUCCCGAUCCAUAGGCCCUUUGUCUGGUUUUCUUUACGGCAUUGCCAUUGGACUUGCAGUGCUUAUUACAGGGCCUGUGUCAGGAGGAUCAUUGAAUCCUGCAAGGUCAUUGGGUCCUGCAAUUAUUUCCUGGGACUUCAAGGAUAUAUGGGUAUACAUCACUGCCCCCACCAUUGGAGCUGUAGCUGGUGCUCUCAUAUUUCAUCUCUUACGGAUUCGACCCCAUGCAUGCAGCGCCAAUUCCUCUCCUGAUGAUGAUCUACUUGUUCAUUCUAUAGCCUUCACUGAGAGCUAAUCCAUCGUGGUUUUCUUCUUUCUUUUUCUAUUAAUUAGAAUUUGUUUUCGAAAUAUAUACUUGCCCACCACACUAUAAUGGUGGCACCGUGUACAUUGCAGCAACAAAAUAAAAUUCACCAGGAGGUGGUUGGUGAUUAAUACAGAACUUAUUGUUGUUU